AUACAUUGUCCCCACAAAAGAUUGCAACUGAAGGGCUUUUUCUGCGCACGGCCUUUAGCCGGGCCUCUUUGCUAUGCAACCACCAUUGCUCUUGUGGGUCACACGAUGCACCGCCAUUUCCGCACAGCUUUUUUCUGGCCUUCGACUUUGAGUCAACAAGCGUGGAUUUUUCGAACGAUGUAGGCACAAAGUCUCGCAGAGCAUCAUUGAACGCAUGCCUUGCAUCACUCGCUCCGUUCUAUUGUGCUUUCGUUUCCUAGUUCACAAGAUCGAAUCAAGGAACCUUCUCCCAUCAUGCUUCCUGGCACGAUGAGUGACAAGACAGCCGAGAAGAGUUCAAUAUCUAUCGGAGGGGGCAGAUUCAUCCCUCAAAGUCUCCCGGACCGGCAAGAAUAUAUUGUCGCAUUCGAGAACUCGCACGACCCCAUGAACCCACAGAACUGGUCGACAGGGAAGAAAUUGUGCAUCGCUAUAGCUUCAUGCUUCGGAACCUUCGUGGCAUCCUUCAACAGCGCCAUCUUCGCGGCAGGUGAAGCGCAAGUCCGCCAGGAGUUCCAAGUUGGGAGAGUCGUUGCCGCGCUCGGGACGAGUCUCUUCGUUUUGGGUUUUGCAGCAGGACCACUGAUCUGGGCGCCCGGGUCGGAGCUCGUGGGGCGGCGCUGGCCGCUGUGCGUCGGCAUACUGGGGUCCUCGAUCUUCACGAUUGGAAGCGCGGCCUCCAAGGACAUCCAAACGCUGAUUAUCUGCCGUUUCUUUGCUGGCCUAUUUGGAGCCAGUCCGCUGUGUGUGGUACCGGCGGUACUCGCUGAUAUCUAUGAUAACGUCUAUCGGGGCAUGGCAAUACAGUUUUAUGCCAUGACAGUCUUCGGUGGUCCGUUCCUGGCACCGAUCGUGGGUGAGUUUGUAGUGGCGAGCUACUUGGGAUGGCGUUGGACGCUGUACCUCCCAGCGAUAAUUGGCUUUGCCAAUUCCUGUUUUCUGCUUUGUUUCCUUCAAGAGACGUCGGCACCCUUCGUCUUGAUUGAGAAGGCCGCACGGUUACGAAAGCAAACUGGCAACUGGGCUAUCCAUGCUGAGCAGGAGCGGGUCGAACUUGACAUUAAAGCAGUGGCCCAGAAGUAUUUUACAAGACCACUGCGAAUGCUUUUCACGGAGCCUAUCGUAUUUCUUGUGUCGCUGUACAUGUCCUUCAUUUACGGACUAGUAUACGCACUUCUGAAAGCGUACCCGUAUGUCUUCAGUCACGUCUAUGGCAUGCCUUUGGGUGUCAGGACGUUGCCAUUCCUCGGACUGUUCCUGGGGAUCCUCUUGGCCCUGGCUUUUAUUCUAUCCAAACAUCAAUCGUAUAUCCAGAAGCUGGAGGCUAACAACGGUAAACCUGUACCAGAGUGGCGCCUCGGCCCGCCCAUUCUCGGUGCAUUCGUUUUUCCGAUCGGAAUUUUCUGGUUCGCGUGGACAGGCUUCACCGAUUCCAUUCAUUGGAUGUCACCAGUCGCCGCUGGAGUUUUCAUCGGCUUUGGAGUUCUUUGCAUCUUCUUACCCUGCUUCAACUACCUUGUAGAUGCUUUCCUACCGUUGGCAGCGUCCACUGUUGCAGCCAAUAUCAUGCUUCGCUCAGCCUUUGCAGCUGGGUUUCCUUUAUUCUCUACGCAGAUGUUCGAAAAUCUCGGGGUUCAGUGGGCGGGAACGUUACUUGGCUGCCUGGCUGUACUUAUGAUUCCCAUUCCCGUGGUCUUUAGAGCAUACGGUCUAGUCUUGAGAAAGCACAGCAGGAUUCUGAACCAAGGAUGAUAAAUGGAAAUAACAUCAUAAUGGCAGCUCAGCGUAUUGCUUGUUAUGACGUUCCAUCGCCUCAAAAAGAAUACGCCAUCCAAUCUUUGCCCAAACACGAUGUUCUGAAUGACUAGAUGCACAGUGAAUAUCGUCGUCUUGCACAAUGUAGACUUCGUGACAGUGCGAUAUCUUUGUUGAGCUAUACAUUGCGGGCAGGAAGCAAGACUGGCUCAGGUUAAUCAAAACUACGGAUAGCUCAAUACAACGUUGCUUGCCGAGGCCA